CCUCCCCCCGUCCCUGUCCCUGUCUUUAAACUUAUAGAGAGAGAGAGUUUUAGAGAGAGAAAGAGAGGAAAUGUUGGGGAGGGUCAGACCGUCAUCUAGUUCUCUGGAAUGCUUGGAGUUGGAGAGGUCACCUCCCAAGAUCAUCAAAGACGAUUCUCUCUCCAUCUACGAGACUACACUUAUGAAGCUCAGACAAGGUUCGCAGCGUGAUCUAAGCUCACUCUCCGAGAACUCGAUGAAUGCAUACAUAAGCAGUACUUCUGCAAGCAUUCCACCCUAUGAGGAGGCACUGACUAUAGACUAUGAUUGUUCUUCCGCUAGCAUUUCACGGAGUGACAUUGUUUGCCAGUCUCUGAGCACCUUGAAAGAGCCUCAAAAGAGGAACUUGUCAAUUCUUUACUUGUUUUCUAGAUAUAAGAGUUCUCGAAAAGCUCCAAGCUCACCCGAUGAGGCAAUGGCGAUAGAGAAUGGCUGUUCUUCUUCUAGUGUUUCACCAGAGUCCGGGAACACCAGCUAAUAUAUGAACACUUGGCAACGGAAAGAAUGUUUCACUUUUUCCCCCUGUAUUUUAAAUUUGUAAGGUAUGACUAUGGAUGUAUAACUAGUGAGAUUGUGAAUUUAUUCGGCAGUUCCCAUUUCAUAGAUAAAA